GCAGCUGCAGUACUGCGAGGGGUGCGUGCGCGUGUGCCCAGCUCGCCUGCCGCCUCCUGGCUCCGUCUGCGCUCCUCCGUGCGCGGGGCACGGGGUUCCGAGGGCCGGGAAGCCAGAGCAGCGCCUCUCGCCCAGGCCUCGCUUCCCUGGACGCCCAGCCGUUCCCGGGGCCAGAGCGCACGGGGCGGGGCGCGAGACCCGGGCCGCGCUCCCCGCCCCCCGCCUCUCGCGCCCUGCCUGGCUCCCUCUCCGUUGAGUUUUCCUGCUGCGGGUGCCCAUCAAUGGUCCUGCUCGGGGAUGCACACGCAGCUCGCGGCCGGAGGGGGGUAGUAGCCGCCGCCUCCAGGUGCAGGCUCUCCCGGGCCGCCGCCGCCACCCGCUGUCGCCGCGACUCGAGCCCCAGGCGCACUGAGGUCCUGGCCAUGGGGCUGCCGAGGCUGCUGUUGCUGGCGUGAGAAGGGGCAACGGAGUUGUCGCGCUCGGGGGUCCCCGGCUGUCUGCAUGGAUGUCUUCAGCUUUGUGAAGAUUGCAAAGCUCUCGAGCCACAGGACGAAGUCUUCAGGCUGGCCGCCUCCCUCAGGACCCUGGAGCUUGAACCAGGUGCCGCCCUAUGGGCGAGACUACUUCAUCAAUCACAUGACACAGGCAAUCCCUUUUGACGACCCUCGGUUAGAGAGCUGCCAAAUCAUCCCUCCGGCUCCUCGGAAGGUGGAGAUGAGAAGGGACCCCGUGCUGGGGUUUGGUUUUGUGGCAGGGAGUGAAAAGCCAGUGGUCGUUCGCUCAGUAACACCAGGUGGCCCCUCGGAAGGCAAGCUGAUCCCGGGAGAUCAGAUUGUAAUGAUUAAUGAUGAACCGGUCAGCGCUGCACCCAGAGAGCGGGUCAUCGAUCUGGUCAGAAGCUGCAAAGAAUCGAUACUCCUGACUGUCAUUCAGCCUUACCCUUCUCCCAAAUCAGCAUUUAUUAGUGCUGCAAAAAAGGCAAGAUUAAAGUCCAAUCCAGUCAAAGUACGCUUCUCUGAGGAGGUCAUCAUCAACGGCCAAGUGUCGGAAACUGUUAAGGACAACUCGCUUCUUUUUAUGCCAAAUGUUUUGAAAGUCUAUCUGGAAAAUGGGCAGACCAAAUCAUUUCGCUUUGACUGCAGCACUUCCAUUAAGGAUGUCAUCUUAACCCUUCAAGAGAAGCUCUCCAUCAAAGGCAUUGAACACUUCUCUCUCAUGCUGGAGCAGAGGACAGAAGGGGCUGGAACGAAGCUACUCUUGCUUCAUGAACAGGAGACUCUAACUCAGGUGACACAGAGGCCCAGCUCCCAUAAGAUGAGAUGUCUUUUUCGAAUUAGCUUCGUCCCAAAAGAUCCCAUUGACCUUUUAAGGAGAGAUCCAGUUGCUUUCGAAUAUCUCUAUGUUCAGAGUUGUAACGAUGUGGUUCAGGAGCGAUUUGGGCCGGAGCUGAAAUAUGAUAUAGCCCUGCGGCUGGCCGCGUUACAAAUGUACAUUGCAACUGUUACCACCAAGCAAACGCAGAAAAUCUCCCUCAAAUACAUCGAAAAAGAAUGGGGAUUAGAGACUUUUCUUCCCUCUGCUGUGCUGCAAAGCAUGAAAGAGAAGAACAUAAAGAAAGCACUUUCACACCUUGUCAAAGCAAAUCAAAACUUGGUACCACCGGGUAAAAAGCUCUCUGCACUACAAGCCAAGGUCCAUUAUCUCAAGUUCCUCAGUGACCUGCGAUUGUAUGGUGGCCGUGUGUUCAAGGCAACAUUAGUGCAGGCAGAAAAGCGCUCGGAAGUGACUCUCCUUGUUGGGCCCCGGUAUGGCAUAAGCCACGUCAUCAACACCAAAACUAAUCUGGUGGCCCUUUUAGCCGACUUUAGCCACGUCAACAGGAUCGAAAUGUUUUCUGAGGAGGAGAGUUUGGUGCGGGUAGAACUCCACGUGCUGGAUGUGAAGCCCAUCACGCUCCUGAUGGAAUCCUCAGAUGCCAUGAACCUGGCCUGCUUGACGGCUGGAUAUUACCGGCUGCUUGUCGAUUCCAGGAGGUCAAUAUUUAACAUGGCCAACAAGAAAAACACAGUGACCCAGGAAACAGGAACUGAAAACAAGGGGAAGCAUAACCUCCUUGGUCCAGAUUGGAACUGUAUACCCCAAAUGACAACCUUUAUUGGCGAAGGGGAACAAGAAGCCCAGAUAACAUACAUAGAUUCAAAGCAGAAGGCGGUGGAGAUCACAGACAGCACCAUGUGUCCAAAAGAGCACCGGCACUUGUACAUAGACAACGCCUAUAGUUCAGAUGGACUUAACCAGCAGCUGAGCCAGCCCGGGGAGGCCCCCUGUGAGGCGGACUAUAGAAGUCUAGCUCAGCGGUCCCUAUUGACCCUCUCAGGACCAGAAACUCUUAAGAAAGCACAGGAAUCUCCGAGAGGAGCUAAAGUGUCCUUUAUUUUUGGAGACUUCGCCUUGGAUGAUGGUAUUAGUCCCCCAACUCUUGGCUAUGAAACACUACUAGAUGAGAGUCCUGAAAUGCUGGAGAAGCAGAGAAAUCUCUACAUCGGCAGUGCCAAUGACAUGAAAGGCCUGGAUCUCACUCCAGAUGCAGAGGGCAUCCAGUUUGUGGAAAAUUCUGUGUAUGCAAACAUAGGCGAUGUGAAGAGCUUCCAGGCCACAGAGGGGAUUGAGGAGCCCCUCUUGCACGACAUCUGUUACGCAGAAAACACCGAUGACGCAGAGGACGAGGACGAGGUGAGCUGUGAGGAGGACCUCGUGGUGGGGGAGAUGAACCAGCCGGCCAUCCUCAACCUGUCUGGGUCAAGUGAUGACAUCAUUGACCUCACAUCCCUACCCCCUCCAGAAGGUGAUGACAACGAGGAUGACUUCCUGUUGCGUUCUUUGAACAUGGCCAUUGCCGCACCCCCACCUGGCUUUAGAGACAGUUCAGAUGAAGAGGACUCCCAGACCCAGGCAGCUUCCUUCCCCGAGGACAAAGAGAAAGGCAGCAGCCUGCAAAAUGAUGAGAUCCCCGUGUCCCUCAUUGACGCUAUGCCCACCAGCACUGAAGGCAAGUGUGAGAAGGGACUGGAUAAUGCCGUCGUCUCCACGCUGGGAGCUCUAGAGGCUCUAUCCGUGUCAGAAGAACAGCAGACCAGUGACAAUUCAGGUGUAGCCAUCUUGCGGGCUUAUAGUCCUGAGUCUUCGUCAGACUCAGGCAAUGAAACUAACUCUUCUGAAAUGACUGAGAGUUCUGAACUGGCCACAGCACAAAAACAGUCAGAAAACCUCUCCCGCAUGUUCUUGGCCACUCACGAAGGCUACCACCCUCUUGCAGAAGAACAGACUGAGUUCCCGGCCUCCAAAACCCCCGCUGGGGGCUUACCUCCAAAGUCCUCACAUGCCCUGGCUGCUAGGCCAGCAACCGACCUCCCACCCAAAGUUGUGCCUUCCAAGCAGUUACUUCACUCAGACCACAUGGAGAUGGAGCCUGAAACCAUGGAGACUAAGUCAGUCACUGACUAUUUCAGCAAACUGCACAUGGGGUCGGUGGCAUACUCCUGCACUAGCAAAAGGAAAAGCAAGCUGGCCGAUGGUGAGGGGAAGGCACCCCCUAAUGCGAACACAACAGGAAAAAAACAGGGGACCAAAACAGCAGAGAUGGAGGAGGAUGCCAGUGGUAAAUUUGGUACUGUGUCUUCACGAGACAGUCAACACCUGAGCACUUUUAAUCUGGAGAGAACUGCCUUUCGCAAGGACAGUCAAAGAUGGUAUGUGACCGCUGAAGGUGGGAUGGCUGAAAAAAGUGGAUUGGAAGCAACAUCGGGGAAAACCUUUCCAAGAGCUUCUGGUCUUGGGGCAAGGGAGGCCGAAGGGAAGGAAGAAGGAGCUCCUGAUGGAGAGGCCAGUGAUGGCUCAGGACUUGGUCAAGGGGACCGCUUCUUAACUGACAUGACCUGUGCAUCUUCAGCCAAAGACUUAGAUAACCCAGAGGACGCUGACUCGUCCACCUGCGACCAUCCUUCCAAGCUUCCUGAGGCUGAUGAGAGUGUGGCCCGCCUUUGCGACUACCACUUAGCCAAGCGGAUGUCAUCGCUGCAAAGCGAGGGCCAUUUUUCUCUGCAGAGCUCCCAAGGCUCUUCAGUGGAUGCAGGCUGUGGCACGGGCAGCAGUGGCAGCGCCUGCGCCACACCCGUGGAGUCGCCGCUCUGUCCCUCCCUGGGGAAGCACUUGAUUCCUGACACUUCUGGGAAAGGUGUGAAUUACAUUCCUUCAGAGGAGCGAGCCCCUGGGCUUCCCAACCAUGGAGCCACCUUUAAGGAACUGCACCCACAGACAGAAGGGAUGUGUCCACGGAUGACAGUGCCUGCUCUGCACACAGCCAUUAACACCGAACCCCUGUUUGGCACAUUGAGAGAUGGAUGCCAUCGGCUCCCCAAGAUUAAGGAAACCACAGUGUAGCUUUGACAGAGCCUGGGAAGGAAAGACGAGGAGGCAUGCCUUCAGCUUGGUCUCAACAUCCUGAAGCUGAUCCCAUCCUGCUACCAUCAAAUAUUCACUCGGAAUCCAAGGUGCCAAUUCCAAAUCAAGACCCUAAUGAUUUCUCCCAAGCAAAUCAGGCAUACGGAGAGGCUGUGAGCUGGCGGCCACUGGAUCUGAGAGGGGGGAGCCUCAGGACACCCCCCAGCCAGAAGGCUCUAAGACAUAGCAGCAGUAUCCUCUCCGGAUCUGUCGAUUUGGAGACCUUCCGAGAAAGAACCAAGGGUGCAGUCAGCUUAAAGUGUCCAGGCAUCACAGAAGCACAGGAGGCCAGUUCUGAAAGGCGAGCAGAACUCCCCCUGGGGAGGAAGCUCACCAAAAGUUUUUCCCAAAGCUUGAUGCACUUGAGCUCUGAGGGGAGGUUUCACAAAAGGUCCCCGGUGGCUCUUAAAGACUCAAAGCUGUAUAGGACAUUACCCUUGCGGAAGCUGGACGGCAGCAAUUGGAGAUGUCGGGGACCCUUCAGCUAUUGCUUCCUGAACCGAGGGCAGGAUGAAGAUGGUGAGGAGGAGGAAGAGAGGGGAGAGGCCACCGUACAGGUCUCUUGCCUCUAUAGACCACAGAUGACUCAAGCCAUGCCAGAAACAAGCAGCCCACGAGUGGCUGCGGGGGGGAUUCAGAAGCAAGGAGGGGAGCUAUCCAGAGGGUCAGUGCUGAAGGUCUGGGCAGAAGACCUGAGCGGCCCAGAUGACUUGGACUUCAGCAACCUGGCUUUUGAUGCCCGGAUUGCAAGAAUAAAUGCCCUAAAGGAGAGCACAUAUGCAAUGCCUGAUGGGUUCCUUGCAGCCCAAAAUGAUGCCAAUGAGCUGCUCUGUCUCGUCAGGGCAACCAAGGAGAAGAGAGAGGAGUCACGCCCUGAAGCGUAUGACCUUACACUUUCUCAGUACAAGCAACUGUUAUCCAUCGAGUCCAGACAGUUGGGAAGUGCCUGUAGGAAAAUGGCGAUGGCUGAGAAAAGCCCGGAGGAGAUGCUCCUAGCUAUGACUUCCAGCUUUCAAGUGCUCUGUUGCCUAACGGAAGCUUGCAUGCGAUUAGUUAAAGUCGUGAACUCAGAAACACAGCGGCAGGAAAUUGUAGGGAAGAUCGAUGAAGUGGUCAUAAAUUACAUUUGUCUCCUGAAAGCUGCCGAAGCAGCCACUGGAAAAAACCCUGAGGACCCUAAUGUUGGACUCUCGGCGCGACAUUCAACCACCAUGGCCGCUCUCGUAAGCACACUGACACGUUCUCUCAAGAGGCUUUUAAACAAAUAAAUAUGGAAGUCACGUCAUAAUCUACCUUUGCAAAGCCAUACAUGAACUUUUAUUUACUUUGUGUGUAUGAUGAACAGAUGUCUCCUUUCUUCUCUGUAUAUUUGUUAUUUUAUAUAAAAUAGGAGAUAAAAGUCACAUUGAUGAAAUGUUGAAAUGUACUAAUCAGAUGUAUUCUGUUUAUAUUAUACAUAUAUAUACACGUAAAAGAAAUAUCCAAGAAAGUGAUGACAUUUGGCUAUUUUUCAUAUAGUUUAAAACCCCACAUACACGAUGUGAAAUUUUAAAUUCCACCAUGUCAGAGCAAAACAAUGAAUCCUAUCCCCUUUCUUUCCAAGUAGAUACUUGGAGACCAUAUCAUUCCUAUUUACAAGUAAAACACAAAAAAAGAGAAAAGAAAUCACAAUGUAUAUAAAACAGUACUUAUUUAAAAUUAUGAUUUUUAAGCAUUGGAAAUAGCAAAAAGACAUUUAAAAUUCAAGAAGCUAUUAAUUACUAGAGAAUAUAUCUGUAAUAAAUUAAUUUUUUGCUCAUAGUAUUUGGUUACUGGAUGCUUUCUUCCAAGAAUCCCACAUAUUUAAUUUGAGUUUUUGCUAUUUGGGCUACAAAUGGGUGGGGCGUAUUCUACUGUGUCAGCACAAAUGCUCUUCACAGUGUUUCCAGCAUUUAAAAAACUUCCCAGGGAGAAGAACAGAGGGAAUGAUGGGCAGUUUCCUAGGUAACACCUAGAGUUAUAUAAUAUCUCAUUACAUAAAACAUAUGGAAUAAUACCAAAAUUAAUUGAUGGAGAGAUCUGCUUUGACUAAAUGACAAAAAUCUCCAAACCAAAGACAUUAUCUUCCCCUCACCCCAGCUCAACUAUGAAACUUAAAAUUCCCUUUAGAGUGGUGGGACAUUUAGUAAAGUAUUUGCAAACUUACAAAAAGGAACAUUUAAUGAUCAUCAAAAUUAAGUACAGAUUCAGCAGUGUAGACCAGACCAUACACCAGCACCUAUGAGUCUCAUCUAAGAUCACGGCUCUCAGCAUAGGGCUUCAUGCAUCACCACCUGUACAGGGGCUAAGGCUGCCAGUCAAAUUUGGAAUUAUAGCCUAGUACUGGGACAAAAUCUCAAAUCUUGGAUGUUCCAGAAAAUCAGGGAGAGAUGGCUACUGUAAUCAUGGGAGCCAUGAGUAAAUAAAUAGUAAAUAUUAAAUACGUAAUCUGGAUUGGCUAAUAAAAAUAUGAAAUCUGGAAAAAAGAAGUGGAAGUGGUAUAUUUGACCAGUUCAAAUGAAACCAAUGGAAUGCAAAGAAGUUUCCAGGUCUGUCAUGUCUCUAAAAGUACCCUGCAGUCAUAAAAUAAAAUCGACAUGUAUAUAUGUAUUUCCUGGGUCAUUCAGUGCUCAAGUUACAUGCACUCCUACAUAGAUAGGUGGCUCCUUAAGAUCAUGAUGGGAGUACACCAGAUGCAAAUAUUUCUACUUUUAUAGCCUACUAAGAAGGAGGCCUAACAUAGUCCACAAUUGCAAUUUCUCUCUAGUCAACCAUUCCACAGAGACUCAACAACAAAACCCACACGUGGUUAUGGGUGGCAGCAAAGGAAAGGAGUUUAGGGUGUGUUAUUAUAAAUAAUGUUUAACUAAAUAAUAAAACAUUAUUACAAUUAUAAAUAUUGGUGUUUUGAUAUUGAGAGAUAUUAGUGGUGUUUACUGUGGAAAAUCUUAGUAAAUAUCAUUCUGUGUACUAAAAUCCUAACCUAUUAAUAGGAUGUGUGCCCUAUGUCAGACAGUGUGCUAAGCAUAUUAACUAUAUUAUCUCAUUUAAUCAUCACAACAGUCUGCUGGUUUGGACACUAUCCUUUAUUCUCUCUGGAGGCAAUAUGGUUGCAUUGUUAUGGAUAUGAAGUUUGGGGUCAGAAACAUCUUGAUUUAAAUUUUGACUCUGCCAUUUUCUAGCCCUUUCAUGUUGGGAAAGCUACUUUUUCUACGUCUCAAUUUCCUCAUAAUAAAAUGAAAAUCAGUUAUAAGAUCGAUUUCAUAGGGUUUUCAUGAGUUUUGAGUAAAAAUGUGUAUGUAAAGUUCUUAUCACAAUACCUGGCAGAGAGUAAGUAUUCAAUUAAUGUUAGCUAUUAUCACCAUAAUCGUUGUGUUCAAUAUAUUGCCCAAAAUAUGUGGGGGAAUGUUUGUUUUGUAUGCAUAUUGUAUCCUGACUGUGUGCAGAACACAUUAUGUGGAUUGCAUAUAUGUAAAAGAAGUGUACAAGGAAGUGACCAUCCUUGUUCAAGUCUCAUAUCUAGUUAGAACAACUUCCCAGUCCAUUACGAGUUCUUUGAGAAGCCUCAGGGAAGUAGCUCUGGGUCUUUCUAAUCAACCUCCCAUUACUGCGCCAGUAAGUUUCUGUUUCUUAUAAAUAAACUCUUUGCUAUUCAGAAAACCUCAUGGGGCCCCCGCAUUCACUAAGCAUGGGGCUCCUAACUGGGGUCCAGGUCCAUAGAGUAUAGGAAGAACAUAUUAGAACAAUACCUGUGCUUAUUUUUAUCCAGCUUUUUUAUGUUUGUGUAUGUUUUAUAAUGGCAUAAUAGUACAAUGGUACAUGUACAUAAUUUUAAAUAAAUAAAUAAAUGAAUGAAUAAAUAA